GCCGGGUGUAGUUUUGCUGUAAGUAAUUUCAAUAAAAAUAAAAAGAAAACUAACUCAAAGUGAGAGCGAGCUAUGGGAUAUAAAGAGUAUCGUGAUGUACAGCUAUUCUCAGUUGUAUGUUCUCAGCGACAAGUGAACUAGUGAUGUUAUUGACGUGUUGCUCGUUAUAGUAUAGUAUGGUUGUAAUUUAUGCAGGAGUUUUAUUUUGAAUAAAUACUCGUAGUAAUAAAUGUGAAAAUUACAGUGAUGUUAUCUCUCUACAAUAUUAAGUUUUUAUUGUUUAUUGUUCUGUUAUUCUCUACUACUUCACAAGCACUUUUUUUUCAUUAUCCGAAAAAUGUAUUAAUGGAUUUUUUCGAUACAUUGAGGGAAAAGAAGGAGUUGAAAAAAGAAUUGCCCUCGGAUAUUCAUCACUAUCACAUUCAUUACUAUCCGGUUUAUGUUCAUCAGUCAAAAUCUAUUAAGGCCCCUGACAAAAAUGAACUUGAUAAUUUGCAUACGAAUAAGUUAGAGUCCCUUGGAUGGAGUAAUCAAGAAUAUAAAAGUGUCCCUGAUCCUAAGCUUCAUCAUCUCUUGGGCUUAGACAGUUUGUCAACGGCUUUGGGACAUCGCCCUUGGUGGGAGGAAAAUAGUGUAGACCGUCAUGAAGAGUCGAAACCGGGAAUAGUGGUCCAAGUGCCGUUGAACCAGCAAAUAAUUCUCCAGCAGCCAAAAGAAGAAGAAAAAGAAACUAAUCCCCUGGUAUCGUUUUUCCAAAAAUUGAGGCGCAUUAAAAAUUCAAUUUUCAGCCACCACUCGGACAAAAAUGAAGACGAUGAAACACACGAGCACAAAGUAAACACCGUUUUUGUUUACACUCAUCCAAAUAAAAUCGGACAUUUUCCGUGAGACACUAAAACUAACCCAUGUACAUAUUUAACUAAAACAUAUUUUAUAUUAUUUAUAUUUCUACAUAAUUCAUCGUUUUAAAAACAUAAAACUUUAAAUAAAUUGUAUGAACGUUUUAUUUAUAAAUUUAAUGUAUUGAAAAAUGAAUGAGGCCUCAUUGUUGUCAUAUAUUUGAUAUUAAUGUUAAUUUGAACCAUUUAAAAAUUUUUUUUAUCAAUACUAAGUGUGUCACAAAAUGGACGCCCCGUCAAAUGAACGCCCGACUGCGCAUGCGCACAAGUAAAUGAACUCGUGUACUGGGCGCUUAGAACUUAAAUUAAGAGAAUUAAAAAACUUCUCAUUUUUGAUGCGAAUUUUAAAAAUGUCACAGAAAAAAAAAAUGUUAAGGCUGUGAGGAUAAAAUAUGAAUUUUUAUAAGACAUUUGAUGAAGUAGAAGAAAUUGAGUGAAUAUUUAAGAAAAAAAAUAAAAAUAAUCUGUCAGCUCUAGAUAAAUAGGAAUAUCUUAUAAAUAGAGAGCUGUACAGCUGAAAAGAUGUUUUUUUGAGCUCAGUAAAAUCGGAUUUUCUCGAAAUCCUAAAAGGAUAAGUAUCUAGAGGGAUAGUCGUGGCAAACGCAAAUGUCCAAGGACGAUGCUUGGAAAAGUGGUUAUACAAAAAAAAUAAAAUAGACUGUGUAUUGCCGUAAUAGGAUAUACAUAUUUAUAUGUAUAUGUAUAGAUGUACAUACAUAAAGAGGACACGACAUAAAUAUGGUACAAGCGGAGUUAUUUAAGGAGCUAUUACAUUUUUAUGGCUCAGAUGACGCAUGGUCCUAGCAUCAGUGGCGUACCAUGUCGUGGCAUGAGUACAUAUUAUAUAGGUUAACGUGGUGCGGUAUACCAGAAGCUAUUCCCCAGAACGCCUUUAUAAAAGCGCACGAAAUAUCUUUAGCACGAUUUGCUUUGUCGUUUAAAUCUUGAUCCACUCUCGUUCUUUCUGCCUCUUAUCUUUCCCGUAUUUUAUUUUUUAUUUUAUUUAUCAUUCAUUUUACCCAUUAAAAUAAAUUUUAUUAUCCCACUUGAUAUUUUUUAUUUGCCUUUAGAUUUUUUUAAUGCACACUGGAUUAUUUACUGUGACAAUACACGUGAAACUCGGAUUUUUAGAGGGACAUAAAUAUCCAGGUGUCUGUUAUACCUCUUAGAAAUGACAACUGAUGACACGUCGAAAACAGAAUAUUACAUAUAAUAACAACAUAUAUUUUUUGGUUUCUGCGGUCAGUAUUUUGCGAAAGUUUAGUCCCGCUUUUAAAUAUACACCCACGACCACAACGAGACGUCACUCUGACAAUUUUGGUCGCAAACUGUUAAAUCGCUCUAGCUUUUAAAUUCAUCUGACGGAUAAAAUUUAUAUAUAUAUAGAUAUUAAUGCCCAUCAUAAAGUUCGAAAAUAAAAAUAUGUAAAUUUUAAAUCUUAACAUUUAAUUAGCAAUUAUUUUUUUUUUCAUUUUUUGAAAAAAAUGGGGUAUUCUUUAAAAAAGAAAAAUUGAAUUAAUUAUAUGAUUUUCUAUGCAAUAAAAAAUAAAAGUGUUAAAAAAAAUAAUUAUUAAAAUUUUGAGGCAACUCACUCUGGUAAAUUUUAUUUAAAUUAAAAUGAAAAUACAAAUGUCAAAAAUUUAAAGUAAAAAGGAUGUUAUACGUAUCUAUAAUAAAUUUAUAAAAAUAAAAUGUGAGCAUUUACUGGGGAGUAAGUUUUAUAUAAUUAAAUCAGUUGAAAGCAUACGAACGAAACAGCAAUAACCAACGUCGGUUAAAACUUGUCCAUCACUUUAUCACUGAAAUCCGUGUGUUUUCGUCUCGUAUUAACCGUGGCCUGGACUUUAAUUCUCGAUUUUAGUAAAUUUACCCUCACAGACAGACAGACAGACAUACACAGAGCCUCGUGUUAGAACAAUUUUCGCUCAAGUGGUAUAUAGUUACACAGCGUUUGGUGAUUUAACUAUCACGAUAAAACCCAAAGUGAGCCAGACAAAGACAGUGGAAGCUAAAUUGAGAAAGAGAAUAUCGUCGCUCGGUUUGUGCGAAUAAUUAAAAAGUAAGGGAUGAAAGGGAAUCAGAAGGACCAAAGCCGCGGACGAGAGAUCGCCCGGCUCGUCCGAUGAGGGAAAGAAGAAAAUCUAAUUAAUUUCUGGCCGUGUACACGCAGUUUUUUUCACUACAUUCUCACAUGAAGCCAAAUGCACGUGUCCGGGACAGAGUGAGCGAUAGUUUUUCGUAAAAAAUACAAAAAGAUCUUUGCGAGGUUGUAGCAGUAAAUGUUGUUUUAGGCUUUUAUAUCUGCAGACAUUGGGAGUAAAAAUUUUUCUACGUGUAGAAUAGGUAGAAUGAGACAGUUAAAUAAAAAUAAAUGAGACAAGGAGCGAUAUAAAGUUUUUCACCGCUGGCUUGCAUCACACAGAAACGAAUUUAAUUUUUUGUUCGGCACUAUACACCCCUCCCUCUACUGCCGCAAUUAGAAACGAGCUUACGCUUGACGUACGAAAACGCACGGAAAUCAACGGCACUAUUUUUCGUUCCUUCGCUUCUUCCUCUUCCUUCUAUUCCUGUCAUUCCUGUUUCGACGUUUCCAUUUCGCCGAUAAAAUAGAAGAGCCAGCCAGAAGAAUCUGACAAUAAAAAAUAUAAAUAGAAAUAAAACAAGAAUUUAAAAAUAAAAGGCAGGAAGGCUUUCAAUUCUUUUAGCAUGGGCAUGUAUAUUUGACGAUGCGAAAAGCUUGCGGCUGCAAUCACCACUCGGCGUUCUUUAACAAUCAAACGUAAUCAUAUAUACGGAAAUUUUUUAAUUUUUAUUUAAUUAAUACCUUUAUUUCUUUUGCUUCCGAUUCUUGUUCAUGAUAUUUUUUAAUUACUAUAGAGGUGUACGAAUAAUUUGUAUCGACUUUAAUAAAUCUAAUUCUUUUAAUUA